AUGGAAGAAAUACUACGGAAGCUACAGAAGGACGCAUCUGGAAAUAAGCACAAAGCAAUUCGGGAUUCGUGCGUCUUCGCCUGUGGUGAGUAGCCUGUAAUAACAGGCUGCUACAGACAGUAGCCAAUGUUGGACCUGUCAUGUAAUCGAAAAUGUACCAAAGAUAGGCUAAAGAUAAACUAUUGUAUGUUACAGGCUUCCUGAAAAGCCCUCAACACAAACCGGCUAAUAGUUUCGCCAUUCAGAUGGUCAACUAUUUUGAUUAUAGGCUUGCUAUGCCUGCGGUUGACUUCCGGAAAUAUUAUUAUCAUGCUACUGGAAAGUGUAAAACGAACGUAGCAUUAUGUGCCAUAGCCAGCUUGGCAGCAUCCUUAUGGGUUGCUGUUGUUAAAUUUAAAGUCUGUGCAACUAAGGGUUGCUGUUGUUGUUACAUUUUAAGUCAGUGCAACUAAGGGUUGCUGUUGUUGUUAAAUUUUAAGUCAGUGUAACUAAUACAGCACUAAUUCACCUAUUUGGCCACAUUACUGGUGGGUAUUUCUAUUGUCCCGAAUGCAAUUGACAGGUGGACAAUAUGAUUUAUGCAGCAACUAAUGUUUAUGAAUGUUGUUGUAUGACGUAUUGUAAUAUAUUGUACUUUUCACAAGCCCCUGGGCACAUUAUUUAGGCCCAACACACAGUGUGCCAUAUUAUUGACUCCCUUAGGAACUUUCAUUCACAGAAUAUGACAUAUAGGCCGAUUCAAUAAUAGCACAGCAGUUUCCCAAUCAAUACAGAGCACAUUUGCAUAUUCACAUUAACAUUUCAGGCCACGCUCACUUACUGUCAACAAUAACAUUUUGCGUUCAUUCAAUACCAAAAUGCAAGGUUGUUGUGACAGACAUUACUGAGUACUGUAAUUGUCCACUCCUUGGUGGAACCUGCUUUUAGCAAGGCGCCUGUCACCUCUCUCUCUGAGGGAAUACAGAGUGACAUGAUAGCACAGGGCUGCCUGGAAGACCGCUGGCCUCAUUGCUGCCACUGCAUAUCAAUGGACAGCAGGUAUUGCAGAUUAAUGCAAUAUUGCACAUAGGGCACAUGAAUAAAGGCAAGGGCAAGGAGAACUUAUCCACUCCCACACACAUACUACAUUAUUCAUGCUUCCAUUUCAAUGUGAAUAUCAUCAUAUGGUAAUUAAUUUGUAUGAACUUCCUGUUUUUUCUAGAGCACCUGGACCAAACUGACCUGUGUUUCUUAUUCUGAUACUGAACUACAACAAAUACUGAGUAUUCUACAGACAGACUGAGAACCAUGGGUCCGGUCCAGUCCAGUCCUAUGUGAUUUGAUGUUAUAACUUUAAUCUUUUUUGUGUGUGUUGUAUAUGACUACAGAAACCCUUCAGAAACAAAAUGGAUCAGCCAAGAUUCCACCAUCUCGGCUCAGGUAAGUUAGUAAACUGACUUCAGUCAUCAUCAAAAGUUUAUUUGACUUCAGUCAUGUUUGUGUGUGUUGAGGAACUACUUAAUUAUGCAGCAGCGUGAUUGGUGUGAUGUUACACAUCCAAAAAGUCAAGCCCUCCACAGUCCUACCACUCCCUCUCCUACACAUGCAGAUGUAACCAGUGUGAAAUGGCUAGCUAGUUAGCGGUGCGCACUAGUAGCGUUUCAAUCAGUGACGUCACUCGCUCUGAGACCUUGAAGUAGUUGUUUCCCUUGCUCUGCAAGGUCUGCGGCUUUUGUGGAUUGAUAGGUAACGAUGCUUCGAGAGUGACUGUUGUUGAUGUGUGCAGAGGGUGCCUGGUUCAAGCCCAGGUUGGAGCGAGGAGAGGGACGGAAGGAACACUGUUACACAAACACAGUCAUGCACACAGGCACGUAAGCAUCACAAACAUACACACACACACACACAACAACAACACCUGCUGUACUGGCAAGAAGGCAGUGUGAAGAACAUGAUGUAUCAUAGGAAGAACUGUGAGAGUGCUAGCACUCUAAAUUAGUUAAACAUUUGCAGUAUUCACCUUUCUUCAAAGCUGCUAAAAUUCCAGAAUGAAUGAUUUAGCCUGUUGUGGUUGAGUUCGCAUAAGAGUUUUGCCAAUAACAGUAACUACUCAUGUUAGCAAGGUUUUCUUUUUUCACUCUUGCUCUUAUUUCUACAAUUAUUAGUUUAUUCCAAAUGACUUCUUCCACAGUUUAAUCCUCCAAAAACAUUAUCUGGCUCACUCCCUUUCUGCCAGCUCAGCAACUGCAGAGACCCACACCUCUGCAUCGCCUCCCUCCGCUUUCCUCAGUGAUAUUUCUGUCAGCAGAACAUGCUGGAACUGAAAAUGAAUCCAAUGUGUAAAUACAAGUGAAGUAUCAUCCAGACCUGACACAAUGAUAUUAGCAAACUUGGCCCAACCCUGACUCUUUUGUUUGAUGCUGUACUAGUGUUUGUGUUCAGGGAGGAUAUUAUAGAGACAACAGUCAACUCUCUCCGCAAAGAGCAACUCUUCAUUACAGUCACUCAGUUAAAGGCAUAGAGACAGUUCUGAGCCACCACAACCCUCUUCAUAUUCAUUGGGUCAUGAUGAGGUUUUAAUCUAAAACCACGAGGUGAUCUGACUCGGCUCGCUACACUGAGUGAGCGCUCUUUGUCUCUGCAGUGUCACAGUUAUGCCUUCCGGCUAAAUUGGAGAUGAGAUAUGUCUCAUUUGGGCUGGUGUUAGAUCUGGAUCUGGCAGUGAUACCAUCACCUCAGUGUCUGUCUGUCUCCAUCUAAUCAUAUUACGCCUGCUGCCCUGUUAUUUGGAAUGCUGUCUGGUCAUGUAGAGACCUUUUCAUUGCCUUGUGUGCCCUGUGAUGUUAGUCUGGCAGUGCUAGUGGUAGCCUAUUACAGGAGCUUGUCAAGAAUCCCAUUGCCUAACCCCAUUGUGUUCUUCUUUGAGGUUUCACCUCAGAUCUUUUAAUUCGAAGUUCAGUAGCCUGAUUUAAUUUGUCAGCUCAGUUAGCUUCCAUCAAUGAUCUGACUGCCCCCUUUGAAACACAUGGCACUCGUCUUCUACUGCCGUGCAAUUGAAUCAAUAGGUGAAACUUCCUUCCCUAACAUCAAUAACAUGACUAGUUAACAGUAGGUAUGAUGAGUCUGAGCCUCGGGUAUUCAUAAUAUAGUCAUAUACAGUGGGUUUUCAGGCUCAGUGACCUGCACACUGACCAGUGGUUGCAUAACUCCUACACUGCACCAACAUUAGAUAUUUACACAGUAUAGCCAUGACAGACCAGAAGCAGCCUCAGAGGGAAAUAUCUUUCCAUCCCCUUUGAUACCAGUAAUCCAUGGAGUUGAACCUUCUCAGAGAGGCUUAGUCCAUACUCUGAAAUAAGUUGGCACUGUAAUUGACUGGGAGCCUAAUAAUCGUGUUCUUGUAUGGUUAUGAUUAAUUUAAGUGCAUCUAGUAAUACUGAAGUUAUCGUACUCUUUAUCUAAUUAUAGUUUAUGCUGAAUUUGUCAUUUGAUGUUCAAUAUGUUGGUUUGUGAAAAGGUUGGGGUGAAGUUAGAUAUGGCAUGCUAAUGAUUUCCUUUAUACAGUGAGGGAAAAAAGUAUUUGAUCCCCUGCUGAUUUUGUACGUUUGCCCACUGACAAAGACAUGAUCAGUCUAUAAUUUUAAUGGUAGGUUUAUUUGAACAGUGAGAGACAGAAUAACAACAAAAAAAUCCUGAAAAACGCAUGUCAAAAAUGUUAUAAAUUGAUUUGCAUUUUAAUGAGGGAAAUAAGUAUUUGACCCCCUCUCAAUCAGAAAGAUUUCUGGCUCCCAGGUGUAUUUUAUACAGGUAACGAGCUGAGAUUAGGAGCACACUCUUAAAGGGAGUGCUCCUAAUCUCAGCUUGUUACCUGUAUAAAAGACACCUGUCCACAGAAGCAAUCAAUCAAUCAGAUUCCAAACUCUCCACCAUGGCCAAGACCAAAGAGCUCUCCAAGGAUGUCAGGGACAAGAUUGUAGACCUACACAAGGCUGGAAUGGGCUACAAGACCAUCGCCAAGCAGCUUGGUGAGAAGGUGACAACAGUUGGUGCGAUUUUUCGCAAAUGGAAGAAACACAAAAUAACUGUCAAUCUCCCUCGGCCUGGGGCUCCAUGCAAGAUCUCACCUCGUGGAGUUGCAAUGAUCAUGAGAACGGUGAGGAAUCAGCCCAGAACUACACGGGAGGAUCUUGUCAAUGAUCUCAAGGCAGCUGGGACCAUAGUCACCAAGAAAACAAUUGGUAACACACUAUGCUGUGAAGGACUGAAAUCCUGCAGUGCCCGCAAGGUCCCCCUGCUCAAGAAAGCACAUAUACAGGCCCGUCUAAAGUUUGCCAAUGAACAUCUUAAUGAUUCAGAGGAGAACUGGGUGAAAGUGUUGUGGUCAGAUGAGACCAAAAUCGAGCUCUUUGCCAUCAACUCAACUCGCUGUGUUUGGAGGAGGAGGAAUGCUGCCUAUGACCCCAAGAACACCAUCCCCACCAUCAAACAUGGAGGUGGAAACAUUAUGCUUUGGGGGUGUUUUUCUGCUAAGGGGACAGGACAACUUCACCGCAUCAAAGGGACGAUGGACGGGGCCAUGUACCGUCAAAUCUUGGGUGAGAACCUCCUUCCCUCAGCCAGGGCAUUGAAAAUGGGUCGUGGAUGGGUAUUCCAGCAUGACAAUGACCCAAAACACACGGCCAAGGCAACAAAGGAGUGGCUCAAGAAGAAGCACAUUAAGGUCCUGGAGUGGCCUAGCCAGUCUCCAGACCUUAAUCCCAUAGAAAAUCUCUGGAGGGAGCUGAAGGUUCGAGUUGCCAAACGUCAGCCUCGAAACCUUAAUGACUUGGAGAAGAUAUGCAAAGAGGAGUGGGACAAAAUCCCUCCUGAGAUUUGUGCAAACCUGGUGGCCAACUACAAGAAACGUCUGACCUCUGUGAUUGCCGACAAGGGUUUUGCCACCAAGUACUAAGUCAUGUUUUUCACAGGGGUCAAAUACUUAUUUCCCUCAUUAAAAUGCAAAUCAAUUUAUAACAUUUUUGACAUGCAUUUUUCUGGAUUUGUUUGUUGUUAUUCUGUCUCUCACUGUUCAAAUAAACCUACCAUUAAAAUUAUAGACUGAUCAUGAGGGGAUCAAAUUCCUUUUUCCCUCACUGUACGUGGCAGGAUACCUAUUGUGAUUUUUUUUAUUAAUGUGUAUUGCACUGUUGAGGAGAGCUUGCAAGUAAGCAUUUCACUGUACUGUUUACACCCUGUAUCCUGUGCAUGUGACCAAUAAACUUUGAUUUGAUUUGUGGAGAUCAGUUUUGCUCAGCAUGACGCAUGAGUUUGAUUCUUAGAGAGAAGACUUCUCCUUAUUAAACAGAAUGAACACGUCUAGUUAAGAACACUUGCUCCCUGUAGCCACUACGAAAUGUACGUUUUGUAAAAAGGGAAAAGCUGGCAUCUUCAAUCCCUCUGUUUUGUUUUCCUUCAAAGGAAAUGUAUCUUCCUUCCUGCAAUGUUCUUGAAAAGGAAAGCUUUUCAGUUUCUCUGAUUUUCUGCAUCAGCCAUAUUAUUUUGAGUGCAAGCAGCAACAAGAAUUCUCCCAAAAUAUAUGAUUUAAAAUGCCAUUAAUAAAUAGGGAUUGUGUUGUGGCCUUGAUUUCAGACAGAUCAAUAUGAGAUUAAAUGUCUCUUUUUGUAGUCUGUUGGGAUUUAUAAUAGUAAAUUCCCAGCCUGUCCCCUGAAACAUGGUUGAUGUGAAAGUAUCGUUCUUGUUUUUGCUUGGUUUUGCAUCAGAUUUUUUUGCGUGCUUUGUUUGCUCUUGCUUUGUUUAAUGUGUACAUGUUAGCUGUAAUCUCUUGUUGGAAAGCCCCACAGGUAAUAUUGUCAGAGAGCCCUCAAUCCAACCUUCUCCAUCCUAAAUAUGAAAGCUUUGCCACUCUGUUUAUAUUUUCUCUCGGUAGCUUAAUCAUAUGUUUGCCUUUGCAGAGAAAGAUGCCUUCUCCCUCUUCAGCUAGCACUGGAGUCCAAGAACACAAAGCUGGCCCAGACUGCCCUCACAGGAAUGCAGGUACAGUCCAGCAGCUAUACAUGCAGCAACAAUGUACUGUACAAAACAGCAGAUGUGGUUGAACCAGGUACAGGAAAAGGUCAUUGCUUUGACUAUCCAUGCAUUUGUGAAACUACAGUACAUUCUGAGAGGAAAUGUAGGUUCAUUACAAGCAUUACUGGUGCAGACCCAACCUAUUACCCUUCAGUGAAGCUUAAUUUGCAUUAUUCUUUGUUGGCGUGAAUUCUGAUGUUCUAAACACAGUAUACAUUUUCUGCCUGUGUUUUUCUCUCCUCCAUUUUGUACCGUUCUCCAUCCUACUCCUCCUGGUUUGACUGCAGAAGAUCCUGUGUGAGGACAGGUUUGUGGCCGUGGGGACUGAGGCUCUGGAGAGCCAGCUGUUGAGUCAGAUGCUGGACGCAGUGAGGGUGACCCCCAUGCUCCACGAGGACCUGCAGGUCGAGGUCAUGAAGGUCAGUCCUCUCUGCACACUGGGAUUAUUAAAGCGAUCAGAUGACUUAGUCUCUGUUAUAGCUGGUCCAAACAUCGAUUAAAGGAGUAUACUUUAUAAUCCAAUGAAGAAUUUGACUUUUUCACCUCUGUUGAUGCCGAUGUGCGAAGACUGCCGGUGUAUUGUGUUGUAUUGUAUUGCACUAAGGGUCCCCAGGUAGUAAAAUGAAGCCAGGACCAGCCCCUGGCUUGUUGCCAGUCAGUUGUACUCAUGGAUACAGUACGUGCGGUCUCAGUUUGCCACAAAUCACUCUGCAGUUAUUAUGCUCCACCAUACACUUCUCUCUCUGCAUCGUACAGUACUGGGCACAGAGCCACCUCAGAAUGGGGCAUCCAGUAAAUCAUGUCACACAGCAAGACUUAACUGGACUUCAACAUGUUCAAUUGGGGGCCAUUUUGAACUGAGGCAAACACUUGCAGGUGUAGUAAAUCUGGCCAAAGUUGUUCAAAAUGUGAGAACUGAAAGGUCGUCUUUGCCAUGUGCACACCAAUUCACAGUACUGUAUUGAUUUCUUGCGGAUUGCUUUUGUGGCUCUCAUGAUCAUGCCACUUUUUGUACUUUUUUAAAACUGUAGAUUAUUUUACUGCCUACUUUACUAAUAGCUGUUUGUGGGCUGCACCUCAUAUGUCUCUAGUGUCCACACAUUUAUUACUAUAAGAUCAGUGUGGUGUUCAUUCUGCCUGUAAGACUACUCUGGGUAACCAUGUCCCUGUAAGACUACUCUGGGUAACCAUGUCCCUGUAAGACUACUCUGGGUAACCAUGUCCCUGUAAGACUACUCUGGGUAACCAUGUCCCUGUAAGACUACUCUGGGUAACCAUGUCCCUGUAAGACUACUCUGGGUAACCAUGUCCCUGUAAGACUACUCUGGGUAACCAUGUCCCUGUAAGACUACUCUGGGUAACCAUGUCCCUGUAAGACUACUCUGGGUAACCAUGUCCCUGUAAGACUACUCUGGGUAACCAUGUCCCUGUAAGACUACUCUGGGUAACCAUGUCCCUGUAAGACUACUCUGGGUAACCAUGUCCCUGUAAGACUACUCUGGGUAACCAUGUCCCUGUAAGACUACUCUGGGUAACCAUGUCCCUGUAAGACUACUCUGGGUAACCAUGUCAUUUGUCUUCUGCUCCACACUUACCUGAGAUCCUAUUGUUCCUUCAUCCUCAGAGAGGCACAGGGCCCCAGAUAUGACAAUGCGAAAAAGCACUGUUGUCAAAAGACACAGUAAAUAUAUACUUCUAGCUAAAUGUAUUUUAAACUCAGUGCUAUGCUGAGUAUUUGAAGUGCUGCUGUCUGUUUUGACAGCAGUGCCACAGUACAUUUUUUUCCCACAGUCACACAAGGCAUUGUGUUUGUUCUAUACAGAGUUUCUGUUUCCUGGUGGAGAGGAUUAUUUCUAUGAUAUCUGUAAUGGCUAGAGAGCCUUGACUUUAUGCAGCUGCCCCCAAUCUUCUUUCCCUGUUCAGUUCAAUGGGAGUUUUACAAGCCUUUGUCUCCUUGCCCUACAGGUCCUUCUCUGCAUCACAUACUCCUCCACCUUUGAGAUCAACGGAGACUCCAUCCUGAGGAUUGCUGAGGUAAGCCUGAUGGAGGUAUCACUGAUAUGCGAAGGGAGGACAGGGAGCCAGAGAGCCAGUGUCAACCUGCUGGAUGUGUCUGUCUAUUUCAGAUCUGGAUAGUAUUGGUUUUCUUUCAAAUACUUUAGCUGCGCUUAAUUGAGCUUACCUACGGCAAUGGAACCAAUGGAAUAGUCCCAAAAGUGCAACCCCCCCCCUGCCCCCUCUGACACUCCAGGCAGGCUCAGUCAAAUACUCACAGUAAUUUGAAAGAAAACGGAUAUUGUUUGGACCCAGGUCUGGUCUGUAUCUGUUCAGCCUGGUGCCAGGCUGCUGAUUAAGGCUGACUCUUGACAUAAUGUGCCACAAAACACCACCUCAGUAGCAUCAACUCCCUGCUACUGCUAGCAACAGCCUAAUGAGGACCAUCCAUCACAAAUGUGAAUCUCUGUGUUGCUGCUAUGCAUUCGAUGUUUAUGGUAAUAACAGUCAUGGUAAUCUAAUGUAUUCUUUAUGUAUGUAGAUCAAUCGGUCACUGACUUCUAAAGAAGCAUAUAUUUUGUAUAGAGUGCAGAGAGUUCAUCAAUAUGAAAGUAUAGCUCUCCAUCAAUGGAGGCUGCCAAGGGGAGGACAGCUCAUAAUAAUGGCUGCAACUCAAUAUUAGGAAGGUGUUCCUAAUGUUUUGUAUGCUCAGUGUAUAUUAUGACAACAUUUUGUGUGACGUUUUGGUCUUCAGCAGGUUGUUUUCCAGACGGUCGCUUCGCCUAGCUGAGUUCUGCUAGCAGCAAACUGAGUCUGUGUAUGCAGACCCAUUAACUCUGCUCUUGUACUGUUAACAGCAGCUCAUAAAUAACUGGACCAAAUGCAGCCCUGGAUGUAAUGCUCCGUCGAUCUGGCACCGGGAACAGAAGGUGUAAAAUCAUGUUGUUUACCCUGAGGGUUUUAAUUUGAAUGGAGAUUACCCUCUUUAUCCCUGCAUGUUAAGAUGCAUAGAACUUAUAAAUCCCACUCUUUCCUAACACAUUAGAAUGUCUACAUCUUUACAGGUAACUCAAUUAUCGUGAUUAUUUUGGGAUACAUUUUAAUGAUGAAUUUCAUGUAUUUCUUAUCCUGCUCUUUGCUGACGUGUCACAGAGAUAUUCCAUGCCCCUCUCUUCCUCAUCCCUGGAACAGAGCGAGCCCUGCAGCCACAAUGUGAGGACAGACAGGACAGACAGAGGACCUUGACAGUCCCUAACUAAUUCCUCUCUGUAACCUUUAAAAACCAGGUCAAACAAGGUGCUCUUUCCUCCUUUAAUCUCGUUGGUCUGGUUGCCAUGGAAACCUCUCAUUAAAGGCCACCGACGUCUGAAGUGGUCUUUCCACUACGUCAGCACCAGGAAGGGGGGAGAGAUAGGAAGAGUUGUCUUUAUUAUCAGAUCUACUCGUCUGGGAUCAGGUUGACCAGGAUACAAAGAGUGACGCAUGUUUACAGUAUUUGUCAUUCACAGUGCUAACAGAUGCAUGUCUGUGGGAUCAUCACUUUCCCUAGUGUCAACACACUCCUUGAGAUGUGACCUUGACUAUGACUAUACUUCAUGAUGCAGUACCCCAAAGAAAGAGACAUUUCAUUUCUAUUUUGAGAACUACAGAGUUGAUAUUUGGAAUCAAAUUUGAGGAACUGAAGUUGCCUUCUGACCUUUGACCUUUGUCCCUGGAACCCAGCUGAACUGGUCUGGUCUGGUCACUUAAUUUAUACAGUCAUUGGUCUGGGCGGUCAUCUCAUAAUUGGACUGACCAAGCUAUUAAAAUCUGCUUUUAGUCGUAUAGUUGAUUAAUACCAUGAAUCACUGCUCAGGGUGGAUUAUAAAUGCACGAGGAUGACUCUUGGUUAACAGAACAGUGACGUGAAUAAUAGCAGUUGACUUUCACAUUUUAAUCUGCAUGUUAAUUGCCAGAGGGACUGGGAGUCUCAUUUCAGAUUGGAUCCAGCAGAUAAGGUGUGAACGAUGAGACAAAACACAUUUCCCUCUCUGUUCUAUCUCACCUGCCUGAUAACCUCUGAAUGGUGACACCUGCUUUCAUUAUUCCAGUACUAAGCAGAGAGGCUUAAGAGAAUGUUCCAGUCAUGCUUCGUUUGCUGGGCCUUUAGCUGUGUGUCAUCUAGUGAUGGGGGAAACAUUUAUACAGAUACAUAUCGGGAUAUUAUUUUUUACGAUAUAUUGUAUCGUAUUGACAAUAUCGCAAUAUAAUUUUUGCGCUAGUUAGCUGUACCUGCACCAAAACUCCUGUAUUUUUCCUUCAUAGCUUGUUCUCCAUCUUCUUUUUAAAUAGGGAGCCAAUUCGUUUUCAGUGAAGUGACGGUAAAGCAAUUAUGUGUCCUAUACUGUCUCCUCAAGGCUUGGCAUAUCACUUGCUUUAAUUCAAUUUGGUUGAUGUUGCUAUCUCACAGUGAUGUUGUGUUUAAAGAUUAUAUUUUCAUUCACUCCUGAUGUCAGACUUUCUUCAAUCCAGCCAGCUUUGCCUUGAAAGAGGUUUUACCUUCAUUUAUAGUCAUUGGGUGUAACGGUAAGCCCCCUGCUCUGUUGUAAUGUGUUUGUUUCCUGUCCUGCUGUCUUCCAGGUGUGUAUCGAGACGUACAUGUCCAGCUGUCACCAGCGCAGCAUCAACACGGCCGUGAGGGCCACCCUCAGCCAGAUCCUGGGGGACCUCGCCCUGCAGCUCCGACACAGACAGGUCAGCCACCCCAGGCACCUUUGACCUCUCACAUUAUCACCCACUCAGAUUAGAAGCAAAAGGAAUGAAUAUAGGAUGGGUUGGGUUGGGUUGGGCAGGGAGGCGUUCUAGAGUGAGGCACAUCUUAAUUUCACACUUGAGCGCUUAUAUGAGAUCUUGUAAUCACCUCAUUAAAUAGCUACAUAAAAUACAGAUGUCCUGUACUGUGUUCUAUACAUUUUGGCAGACUGUUUUGCUGCUGUGAAUAUGCAGGGGAAUGCAUUGAAUGCAUAAUCAUAGGUGAAGUGAAUCCACCAUACAGUGUCUGAAAGUCUAUAAUAUUGUCUUGUGUGUCUGUGCAGGGAGUGGAUGGCGAGGACCCGCCAGUGCCCACACACCAGCACAGAGGUACUUUAUAGCCCUGUUAUAUAGCAAAAGCCUUCACUGCCCUUCACAUGCCAGGUGGAAUAUACCUCCAAGGGAGUAUAAUGUCCCUUUUAUGAAGCAGUGAUUACAGGUUGUUUAGACAUCACACAUCUUUUACUGCAAGGCUGGGUGAUUCAUACCUCCAGAGUCCACGUCUAAAAGUGGGAGAGAUGAGACUAUUACGAGGGGGUGAUGCAGUGUGUCUGGUGGUUCAACUGUUCUGUCAGACCUGGGUCAAAUACAUUUGUCAAACAGAGCUACGUUUCAUUUAGUUUUCCCUGGACAAUACACCCAAUGGAAUAGUCCCAAAAGUUCAAACUCCAAACUUGGAAUCACUAUAAAGGGAAUUCUUAAACUAAUUGAAUAAAAGCAAAAACACAUGUCUCUUCCUUGCACCAUACUGUACAGCAGGGCUCUCCAACCCUGUUCCUGGGGAGCUACCUCCUGUAGGUUUUUGCUCCAACCCCAAUUGAAACUAACCUGAUUCAGUUUAUCAUCCAGCUAAUGAUUAGAAUCAGGUGGGCUAGAUUAGGGUUGGAGUGAACCUAGAGUAUGGUAGCUCUCCAGCAACAGGGUAGGAGAGCCCUGCCCUGGACAAUGCACCCAAUGGAAUUGUCCCAAAAGUUCAAACGCCAAGCUUGGAAUCGCACCUCAAAUACUUUUAAGUAGUUAACAUAGUUAGGCUAAUAAGGUAUGUUAUCAGUUGCAUUUGUUCUCCUGAGUGUGAUGUCUCGGUAAUGGUUGUUGGCCUGUAUGUUUUUAGAUGUGUCUCCCACUGCACAUUCCCUGUGUGAGGACGUCGUGACUGUGAUAACCGUCUUCUGCGAGAAGCUGGAGGGGGUUGACCAGUAAGAAUUAUGCUUUAUGCAGAGUUAAUAGCCCUGUACUGUUUGUUUCUCUCUCAUCCGAAAAACACAUAAUUGCUCCCACCUUGUCUACCCUGCUAGCUGUUUUAAAGGUCACCUCUACAAAGCAUGAUUCAGUUUUACAGCAAUGUUAUAUAGAGAUGUUUCUUGCUUGGCUUUUAAUAAGAUGAGACACUGAGGCUGCAUCCCAAAUGCCACCCCAUUCCAUUCAUAGUGCACUACUUUUGACCAGAACCCAUAGGGAAUAGGGUGCCAUUUGGGAUACAAGCCUGAGACUUUGUUUUCACAGUGAGAACCAGUUGCUCCAGCUGCUCUACCUAGAGUGCAUCCUGUCCAUGCUCAGCAGCUGUCCUCCUACCAUGCACCUGAACAGAGGCUUCACAGACCUGAUCUGGUAAGGCCUGGCUGUGGCUAACACAUAUAGUAUACUGACAGUCACGCUUCCCUGUCUGAAUACCUGCCUCCUUAUCAGUCAGAUUUCUUAUCUUGAGGGGAACCUAGAUACGGCCUUAAUAAUGCAUUCAUAAUACAGACAGUGCAUUCGGAGUAUUAUACAGUUGAAGUCGGAGGUUUACAUACACCUUAGCCAAAUAGAUUUAAACUCAGUUUUUCAUCCUAGUAAAAAUUCCCUGUCUUAGGUCAGUUAGGAUCACCACUUUAUUUUAAGAAUGUGAAAUGUCAGAAUAAUAGUAGAGAGAAUUAUUUAUUUCAGCUUUUAUUUCUUUCAUCACAUUCCCAGUGGGUCAGAAGUUUACAUACACUCAAUUACUAUUUGGUAGCAUUGCCAUAAAAUAGUUUAACUUGGGUGAAAUGUUUCGGGUACAUUUUAAAAUUUUAGUCAUUUAGCAGACGCUCUUAUCUUACAGUUAGUGAGUGGAUACAUUUUCAUACUGCCCCCCCCCCCCCCCCCCCGUGGGAAAAGAACCCACAACCCUGGUGUUGCAAGCGCCAUGCUCUACCAACUGAGCUACAGGGUACCCUUCCACAAGCUUCCCAUAAUAAGUUGGGUGAAUUUUGGCCCAUUCCUCCUGACAGAGCUGUCCCUCCUGUAGCUCAGCAUGGUGCUUGCAAUGCCAGGGUUGUGAGUUCGAUUCCCACGGGGGGCCAGUAUGAAAAAUGUAUGCACUCACUAACUGUAAGUCGCUCUGGAUAAGAGCGUCUGCUAAAUGACUAAAAUGUAAAAAAUGUGUAACUGAGUCAGGUUUGUAGGCCUCCUUGCUCACACACGCUUUUUCAGUUCUGCCCACAAAUCUUCUAUAGGAUUGAGGUCAGGGCUUUGUGAUGGCCAUUCCAAUACCUUGACUUUGUUGUCCUUAAGCCAUUUUGCCACAACUUUGGAAGUAUGCUUGGGGUCAUUGUCCAUUUGGAAGACCCAUUUGCGACCAAGCUUUAACUUCCUGACUGAUGUCUUGAGAUGUUGCUUCAAUAUAUCCACAUAAUUUUCCUUCCUCAUGAUGCCAUCUAUUUUGUGAAGUGCACCAGUCCCUCCUGCAGCAAAGCACCCCCACGGCAUGAUGCUGCCACCCCCGUUCUUCACGGUUGGGAUGGUGUUCUUUGGCUUGCAAGCCCCCCCUUUUUCCUCCAAACAUAACGAUGGUCAUUAUGGCCAAACAGUUCUAUUUUUGUUUCAACAGACCAGAGGACAUUUCUCCAAAAAGUAUGAUCUUUGUCCCCAUGUGCAGUUGCAAACCGUAGUCUGGCUUUUUUAUGGCGGUUUUGGAGCAGUGGCUUCUUCCUUCCUGAGCGGCCUUUCAGGUUAUGUCGAUAUAGGACUCGUUUUACUGUGGAUAUAGAUACUUUGUACCUGUUUCCUCCAGCAUCUUCACAAGGUCCUUUGCUGUUGUUCUGGGAUUGAUUUGUACUUUGUGCACCAAAGUACGUUCAUCUCUAGGGGACAGAACACGUCUCCUUCCUGAACGGUAUGACGGCUGCGUGGUCCCAUGGUGUUUAUACUUGCGUACUAUUGUUUGUACAGAUACCUUCAGGCGUUUGGAAAUUGCUCCCAAGGAUGAACCAGACUUGUGGAGGUCUACAAUAUUUUUUCUGAGGUCUUGGCUGAUUUUCUUUUGAUUUUCCCAUGAUGUCAAGCAAAGAGGCACUGAGUUUGAAAGUAGGCCUUGAAAUACAUCCACAGGUACACCUCCAACUGACUCAAAUUAUGUCAAUUAGCCUAUCAGAUGCUUCUAAAGCCAUGACAUCAUUUUCUGGAAUUUUCCAAGCUGUUUAAAGGCACAGUCAACUUAGUGUAUGUAAACUUCUGACCCACUGGAAUUGUGAUACAGAGAAUUAUAAGUGAAAUAAUCUGUCUGUAAACAAUUGUUGAAAAAAUUACUUGUCAUGCACAAAGUAGAUGUCCUAACCGACUUUCCAAAACUAUAGUCUGUUAACAAGAAAUUUGUGGAGUGGUUGAAAAACAAGUUUUAAUGAUUCCAACCUAAGUGUAUCUAAACUUCCGACUUGAACUGUAAGGAUUCAGACCCCUUGACUUUUUCUAAAUUUUGUUCUUAUUCUAAAAUUGAUUAAAUUGUUUUCCCCCCUCAAAUCUACACACAAAACCCCAUAAUGACGAAGCGAAAACAGGUUUUUUGACAUUUUUUGAAAAUGUAUUACAAAUGAAAAAAAAAGAAAUAUCACAUUUCACCCUUUACUCAGUACUUUGUUGAAGCAACUUUGGCAGCGAUUACAGCCUUGAGUCUUCUUGGGUACGACGCUACAAGCUUGGCAUACCUGUAUUUGGAGAGAUUCUCCCGUUCUUCUCUGCAGAUCCUCUCAAGCUCUGUCAGGUUGGAUGGGGAGCUUUGCUGCACAGCUAUUUUCAGGUCUCUCCAGAGAUGUUUGAUCGGGUUCAAGUCCGGGCUCUGGCUGGGCAACUCAAGGGCAUUCAGAGACUUGUCCCGAAGCCACUCCUGCGUUGUCUUGGCUGUGUGCUUAGGGUUGUUGACUGGGGAAAAGGAGAAUCUUCACCCCAGUCUGAGGUCCUGAGCACUCUGGAGGAGGUUUUCAUCAAGGAUCUCUCUGUACUUUGCUCCAUUCAUCUUUGCCUCGAUCCUGACUAGUCUCCCAGUCCCUGCCACUGAAAAACAUCCCCACUGCAUGAUGCUGCCACCACCAUGCUUCACCGUAGGGAUGGUUCCAGGUUUCCUCCAGAUGUGAUGCUUGGCAUUCAGGCCAAAGAGUUCAAUCUUGGUUUCAUCAGACCAGAGAAUCUUGUUUCUCAUGUUCUGAAAGUCUUUAGAAGCCUUUUGUCGAACUCCAAGCGGGCUGUCAUGUGCCUUUUACUGAGGAGUGGCUUCCGUCUGGCCACUCUACCAUAAAGGUCUGAUUGGUGGAAUGCUGCAGAGACUGUUGUCCUUCUGGAAGGUUCUUCCAUCUCCAUAGAGGAACUCUGAAGCUCUGUCAGAGUGACCAUCGGGUUCUUGGUCACCUCCCUGACCAAGACCCUUCUCCCGCGAUUGCUCAGUUUGGCCGGGUGGCCAGCUCUAGGAAGAAUCUUGGUGGUUCCAAUCUUCUUCCAUUUAAGAAUGAUGGAGGCCUCUGUGUUCUUGGGACCUUCAAUGCUGCAGACAUUUUUUGGUAGCCUUCCCCAGAUCUGUGCCUCGACACAAUCCUGUCUCGGAGCUCUACGGACAAUUCCUUCGACCUCAUGGUUUGGUUUUUGCUCUGACAUGCACUGUCAAUGGUGGGACCUUUUAUAUAGACAGGUGUGUGCCUUUCCAUUACAUUUACAUUUUAGUCAUUUAGCAGACCUAUUGAAUUUACCACAGGUGGACUCCAAUCAUGUUGUAGAAACAUCUCUAGGAUGAUCAAUGGAAACAGGAUGCACCUGAGCUCAAUUUCAAGUCUCAUAGCUAAGGGUCUGAAUACUUAUGUAAAUAAGGUUAUUUCUGUUUUUUAUUAUAAACUUGUUUUUCGCAUUGUCAUUAUGGGGUAUUGUGUGCAGAUUGAGGGUAAAAAAAUAAUUUUAUACAUUUUAGAAUAAGGCUGUAACGUAACAAAAUGUUGAAAAAGUCAAGGCGUCUGAAUACUUUCUGAAGGCACUGUAAAUACCACAUUCAUAAGCAGAAUAUGAGCACUUCAUAAAGUAGGCUCCUUCAAGUAUAGUGUUACCAUAUGAUCUGUCUACAUAAAACACGUUACAUGUCUUGUCCCCUUCUCUCAGGAAGCAACUUUGCCCGUCGUUGGUGGUGAUCAUGGGAAACCCUGUGAACGACAAGACCAUCACCUCGGCCCAUGGCCACGGAGGGGGGUAUCAGGAGCUGGACCCCUCUCUAGGUGGUGUGUCUGACCAGGGCCGGGGAUCCGGCUGCUCCUCCACCACCCCCGCCAUGAUCGGCCCGGUGGUGCGGACCAUCUGCUACGUGGCUGCUGAGCUGGUGCGUCUGGUGGGCUGUGUGGAGUCCAUGAAGCCUGUUCUGCAGUCGCUGUACCACCGCAUCCUGCUCUAUCCCCCGCCACAGCACCGCGUGGAGGCCAUCAAGAUCAUGAAGGAGGUGGUCAGAGUCCCAGACUGCUCACUGUUCACCAGUCACCUCAAAUCCCCUAACAUAAUGUUUAUAGAUCCACCAAUCAAUUGAAUUAGACAGUGGAAUGUUGCUGCACCAGUUUGAGUGUUGCAGAGGGGAUGCGAUGAACAAAAAUGAACUGAAGUGUCUUUGUUUGUAUGCGUUUUGUAGAUUCUGGGAAGUCCUCAGCGCUUGUUUGACCUGGCUGGUCCCUGUGUGAUAGAGCCUGAGUCUAGGAAAAGGUCCUUCUCCAAGAGGAAGUCUCACCUGGACCUGCUCAAACUGUGAGGACCCACAUUCUCUUAUUUUAUUUACCAGUAUAACCUUGUGUUAAAAAAAUGCUUCUGCCUGCUGUAUAAGCCUGUAACCCAUACAUCAUGUACUAUAGUGAGAAGGAAGUAGUACUGUUGUAAACGGGUACGUAGUGUUUAUGAUGUGUCUGUGUGUACCUACAGGGUGAUGGAUGGCAUGACAGAGGCCUGUAUGAAGGGGGGCAUCGAAGCAUGCUACUCCUCAGUGUCGUGUGCCUGUGCCCUCCUGGGAGCUCUUGACGAGCUGAGUCAUGGGCGUGGCCUACAGUCAGAACAGGCCCGCAUGCUGCUGCGCCGAUUGGACGAGCUGAAAGAGGCGGCAGAAUCCACACGGGAGUCCAUGGAGAUCAACGAGGCGGACUUCCGCUGGCAGCGCCACGUCCUCUCGUCUGAGCACGCUCCCUCUGAGCCCUCUGCCACCUCCGCCACGGAGCGCAGCCCCGACAUCAGCAUCAGCGUCACCACGGAUACGGGCCAGACCACUCUGGAUGGGGAGCUGGGACAGACCACUCCAGAGGGGGAGGAAUGUGGGCAGGAACCCCGGCUGCCUUCGCCUUCCUCCUGCGGGCCGGACGCUGACCCUGACCCUGAGCUACACCCCUGUGUGAGGGAACCGGGUGAGGAGCCCGGAGGACCCCCAGAUGUGGUGCAGCGCAGCCAUGCGCUAGUCUACCCCGACAUCACUAACUUCCUGUCCGUAGAUGCCCGGGCGCGCUCCCACGGCUCGCGCUACAGCGAGAGCAAUUUCAGCGUGGACGAGGGGGAGAUGUCGCGCACUGAGUUUGAUUCAUGUGACCAGUACUCCAUGGCGGCGGAGAAGGACUCGGGCCGCUCUGAUGUGUCAGACAUGGGCUCUGAUAACGGCUCCCUGGCCGAUGAGGAGCAGACACCCAGGGACUGUCCCGGUCAUCGCUCCCUGAGAACGGCAGCCCUGUCCCUGAAGCUACUGAAGAACCAGGAGGCUGACCAGCAGAGUGCCCGGCUCUUUGUCCAGUCUCUGGCCACCCUGCUGCCUCGCCUGCUGGGGAUGCACAGCACGACAGACGUGGACACGUCCCUGCAGAACUUCUCCUCCACAUUCUGCUCCGGCCUACAGGCGGGUAAGAGAUACAGAGAGAGGAGAUGAGGGGAGAUAGCAUGAGAUAAUGAAGAGAGGAAGUGAGAACUUCAGAUAUCCGUGGAGAAGUCAUUGAAAGUCCCAUUGUAAUUAUAGUAUCUGAUUUAGUAUUUUAAAUCUUCUGAUGGGGAUACGAGGUAAGAUAAUUGUCUUAAUUGUCCUAGUUUCAUCAAUGGUUUCUAUUUGACCCUGUAUCUGACCCUCUCUUCCAGGUGGCAUCCAUUCACCAGGCUACGAGGGCAGUGAGAACCUGAAUUGUCAGGCCCUGAUGAACGCAGACGGCCUUUACCUGGUCUCCUACUACGCCUUGCUCCUCAGCCUCAAACUCUGCUGCCAGGACUGCUACCGCAGGAGGCCCAUGCCCGUGCUGGUCAGCCUGGUGAGUGGUGGUGGAGUCAAUCUGUUGGUGCACUAAAGCUGAAAUCCCCUGUGUAUGGUAGAGAGGAUUCCUGAAGACAAGUGUUGUGAUCAGCUGAACACCAUAUAGUACUGUAGCCAAUUAUUUUGUUUAUGGGGUUUAUAUAUUUUGAAGCGAUCCCACCAGGCUUCCUGGUAUCCCAAUUGAAUUCUCUCUCCUGCUGCAGAAAGAGUUUGUUCGUCUCAUCCAGAGCAGUGGGGUGCUGGUGGUGCUGUCUCAGGCCUGGAUCGAGGAGCUCUACCUCCAGGUGCUGGACAGGAACCUGCUGGGGGAGGCUGGCUACUGGGGCUCACCAGAGGAACACUCCUUACCCCUCAUCACCAUGCUCACUGGUAGGAGGGGACACAGCUCUCCCACACUGCUUUAUUCAUGAGGAUUCUUUAUAUGUCGACAUAAAAAUAUUAACAUAAUGCUCCUUUGGGUCUUUGAAAUGUUCUGCUAUGUUUUUCUGACGGCUCUCAUCACGUUGUGUCCUCUAUCUCUCUCUCUCUGUCUGUCUCUGGUCAGACAUCGAUGGGCUGGGCAGUAGUGCCAUCGGAGGUCAGCUGAUCCGUAAGGCCAACACACAGUCCCCCUUCAGCUGUGACAAGAGUGGCAGUGACACCCUCAUGGCAGGUACUGACACCCCCAGGUACUGACACCACCAGGUACUGACACCACCAGGUACUGACACCACCAGGUACUGACACCCCAAGCUGUCCUUUCUGAGUCGCUUAUCCAAGAUAGUUUUUGACUAUAUUUUGCGUCGAUAUUUAGUCAUAAUGUAUUGUGUAUUUUUGGUGCGGCAUUUUUGCUUUAUUCAAACAUCGGGGGAUAUAGAUUAGGAGGAGCCAAAGUGGGAAGGGUGGAGACAGGGACUGAACCCUGGUUUCCAGGGUUGCAUACAUGUGCCUAGAUCAGGGUUUUCCAAACUCGGUCCUCGGGACCCCAAGGGGUGCACAUUUUGGUUUUGCCCUAGCACUACACAGCUGAUUGAAAUAAUCAACUAAUCAUCAAGCUUUGAUCAUUUUAAUCAGCUGUGUAAUGUUAGGGCAAAAACCAAAAUGUGCACCCCUUGGGGUCUUGAGGACCAAGUUUGGGGAACGCUGGCCUAGAUGCUGUACUCUCUACAUGGAGAGAGAUAUAUAUUGUUCUCAUUGUGUCUUUCACAGGGGAGAGAAUGGAGAGCUGCCAGCAUCUGCCUACCUCUUUUAUUACCACUGAGAACAAAAGAUGCACCACCGAGCACUCGAGCCACCUCGUUACCAUGGCAACAGCUGCUGAGUUUCCCAUUAGACUUUCAAAGCUUUCAUGUAAUAAGCUAGCUAUGUACACAUAAUCAACAGGGCCGACUAUAUUAACAUGGAACAGAGAAAAAAGGGACCGUUGUCAGUUCUACUUAUUUCCUGUAUGAAAUGUUAUUGUCACACAGAGUGCCUUUUAGAGUGCUUAAAUCUCUCAAGGUGUCUAACGGGACUGUUGUUUACUGCCUGUCUGUUCACUGCCUCUGAGCAAAUAAGGCAACAGCACAUUACAGAGCUGCUGAGUCAAUACACAGAUGGAUGUAGUGUCGGUUCUGACUUAACUCCCAUUACUGCUUUUUCAGGCAUGGGGUCUUUGUCAAUACCCAUAUCCUGUUUUAAGGGUCUGACUCAACCCCAUUGUGCUGUAGCAUAGGUCUUGGUCAAUACAAAGAUGACGGUCUGGCUCACUAAACCUUCAUUCAUACUGUAUUAUGCAUGGUUCUUGAUCAAUAGUCUACACAGCUGGAUGUACUACUUAUGCUGUCUUUAAAGCUAGAAUCCUUAGUUGCUACACACAGUUUUGAACUUUAUAUUAAUGAUGAACAGUGCAUUUGGAAAGUAUGCAGACCCCUUGACUUUUUCCACAUUUUGUUACGUUACAGCCUUAUUCUAAAAUGUAUUAAAUCCUUUUUUCCCCUCAUCGAUCUACACACAAUAACCCAUAAUGACAAUGCAAAAACAGGUUUUUUAAACGGAAAUAUUAUAUUUACAUAAGUAUUCAGAACCUUUACUCAGUACUUUGUUGCAGCACCUUUGGCAGCGAUUACAGCCUUGAGUCUUCUUGGGUAUGAUGCUACCAGCUUGGCACACCUGUAUUUGGGGAGUUUCUCCCGUUCUUCUCUGCAGAUCCUCUCAAGCUCUGUCAGGUUGGAUGGGGAGCGUCGCUGCACAGCUAUUUUCAGGUCUCUCCAGAGAUGUUCGAUCGGGUUCAAGUCCAGGCUCUGGCUGGGCCACUCAAGGACAUUCAGAGACUUGUCCCAAAGCCACUCCUGCGUUGUCUUGGCUGUGUGCUUAGGGUCGUUGUCCUGUUGGAAGGUGAACCUUCGCACCAGUCUGAGGUCCUAAGCGCUCUGGAGCAGGUUUUCAUCAAGGAUCUCUCUGUACUUUGCUCCGUUCAUCUUUGCCUCAAUCCUGACUAGUCUCCCAGUCCCUGCCGCUGAAAAACAUCCCCACAGCAUGAUGACGCCACCACCAUGCUUCACCGUAGGGAUGGUGCCUGGUUUCUUCCAGAAGUGACGCUUGGCAUUCAGGCCAAAGAGUUCAAUCUUGGUUUCAUCAGACCAGAGAAUCUGGUUUCUCAUGGUCUGAGAGUCCUUUAGGUGCCUUUUGGCAAACUCCAAGCGGGCUGUCAUGUGCCUUUUACUGAGGAGUGGCUUCCGUCUGGCCACUCUACCAUAAAGGCCUGAUUGGUGGAGUGCUGCAGAGAUGGUUGUCCUUCUGGAAGGUUCUCCCAUCUCCACAGAGGAGCUCUGUCAGAGUGACCAUCAGGUUCUUGGUCACCUCCCUGACCAAGGCCCUUCUUCCCCGAUUGCUCAGUUUGGCUGGGCGGCCAGCUCUAGGAAGAGUCUUGGUGGUUCCAAACUUCUUCCAUUUAAGAAUGAUGGAGGCCUCUGUGUUCUUGGGGACCUUCAAUGCUGCAGAAAUGUUUUGGUACCCUUCUCCAGAUCUGUGCCUGUCUCGGAGCUCUAUGGACAAUUCCUUCGACCUCAUGACUUGGUUUUUGUCCUGACAUGCACUGUCAACUGUGGGACCUUAUAUAGACAGGUGUGUGCCUUUCCAAAUCAUGUCCAAUCAAUUGAAUUUAACACAGGUGGACUCCAAUCAAGUUGUAGAAAUAUCUCAAGGAGGAUCAAUGGAAACAGGAUGCACCUAAGCGCAAUUUUGAGUCUCAUGGCAAAGGGUCUGAAUACUAAAACAAAAUGUGGAAAAAGUAAAGGGGUCUGAAUACUUUCCGAAUGCACUGUAUACCCAUCCAUUCUUGAAGAAUAUAACUCAUAAAUGCCUAAUGAGCUUAGUUCAACUGUCACCCCAUCAAAACCCAAAAGAUGUAUUUUUUACUCCAAUGUUUGUAAACAACGUAGAUGUAAACAAACACUGUAUAGCCUCAACACAUGGUUAAAACUAUAAUGUUUAUAUCAUGGAUGGUCAGUCCUUGCAUCCUAGCACUGUCUAUGAAUUUGAGAGUUGUUACAUUCCUCAGCUUUUUACCAAAACAGAGGCAGCUUUAAGGGUGUGACUCAACCCCCAUUGAUCCUGUUUCAUACAUAUGGGUCUUGGUCAAUGCACAGAUAAGUGUCUGGCUCACUCACUCACUCAACCUUCAUUGAUAUUAUUUCAGGCAUAGUGUUUGCCCGCUACAUCCUGAUUGGCUGCUGGAAGAACCUGAUGGACACCCUGUCCACCCCCCUGACGGGGCGCAUGGCAGGCAGCUCCAAGGGCCUGGCCUUCAUGCUGGGGUCUGAGGGGCUAAAGGAGCAGAGCCAGAGGGAGAGAGACACCAUCUGCCUUAGCCUGGAUGGACUACGCAAGGCAGCCGGACUCAGUUGUGCUCUAGGUAACAGGACCCAACAUCAUGGUGACCGUGGAUAAGGCCUGCCUGACUAUAAUCCUUAAACAGGAAGGGUUUAGUCAGUGGUGUAAAGUACUUAAAUAAAAAUACUUUAAAGUACUACUUAAGUAGUUUUUUGGGGGUAUCUGUACUUUACUUUACUUUACUAUUUAUAUUUUUGACAACUUUUACUUUUACUUCACUACAUUCCUAACGAGAAUAAUGUACUUUUUACACCAUACAUUUUCCCUGACACCCAAAAGUACUCGUUAUAUUUUGAAUGCUUAGCAGGACAGGAAAAUUGUCAAAUUCACACACUUAUCAAGAGAACAUCCCUGGUCAUCCCUACUGCCUCUGAUCUGGUGGACUCACUAAAUACAAAUGCUGUAUUGGGUGUUGGAGUGUGCCCUGGGCUAUCUGUACAUUUUAAAAAAACAAGAAAAUUGUGCUGUCUGGUUUGCUUAAUAUAAGGAAUUUGAAAUGAUUCAUACUUUUACUUUUGAUACGUAAGUAUAUUUAAAACCAAAUAUUUUUAGACUUUUACUGAAGUAGUAUUUUACUGGGUGACUUUCACUUUUACUUCAUUUUCUAUUAAGGUAUCUUUACUUUUACUCAAGUAAACCCAUUAGCUAGUGUGUUUAGACAAGAGGCAGGCUGGGUCAAAGGCUCAAAAUAUUUGAAAGAAAACAAAAGCGAUUUGAUCCCAGGUCCUGUUUAGAUGUGUGUCCAUAAAGUACAAAAACAUCACGUUUUGAGAGAAUUAAACACAAGCAAAGGUUUUGCCUAGAUUUUGAUCAAUACCUGAAUACUUUAUAGGUAUAUUUGUGUAGCUAUUGAAAUGUCCCUGAAAACAGAAAUGAAUUAGGACCAUAUGAUGAUAAAGUAUUGGCCUGGCAUUCUGUGACAGGUGCCGUAGGCCCUCACAGCCCAGCUUGUCUUUGAUUACCAUCAGCUCUAAUGAAUAUGAAUAUUCAUGGUUUCUCUAGGUGUGGCUGCCAAUUGUGCCUCGGCUCUGGCCCAGAUGGCAGCAGCCUCGUGUGUGCAGGAGGAGAAGGAGGAGAGGGAGGUGGGCGAGUCUGGAGAUGCCAUCACACAAGGUACUUGCAGCCCCCCACAUAACAUACUGUACACAGGGAUUCAAUUGACUUUUUCAAACAAAGACACCUACUGUAAUAUUAAACUACUGUAUACACCAAAGAUGACCUUUGAUUUGUCAUUACUGUGCAAUAUGCAUACAGGAUAAAGAAUCCCUCCAUUUCAGAAAAGAUCCCAUUGUUAUAUGGCCACAUUUAGUUUUUGAUGCGGUGCUAGCUGGAGUGCUGGGAUCUGUUCUGAUCCUGUGUCUGUUGGGUGUGUGUGUUCCCAGUCAAGCAGCGUGUGGAGCAGAAGCUGGAGCAGAUGGGGCGUCCUCAGGGGGUUCGGCUGCACACGGCCCACGUGCUCUGCAUGGAGGCCAUCCUCAACGUGGGCCUGGAGAUGGGCAGCCACAACCAGGACUGCUGGCCCCACGUCUUCAGGUAAUACAGCCAAGCUGUGGCAGGGCAGGCGAUGCAGAGAUUGAAGUCGAAACCCUCUCCACAAGACAUGCAUUCAUGACAGCAUAUGACAUUGGAUUAUUGGUACAGUUUCAGCCACAGGUUACUAACACUCAUCUACAGUAUAAUGUGAACUGUCAUCUGUAACGACACACUGAACAAUACAGUGGCGUACCUGUCUCUGUCUACCCAGGGUGAGCGAAUAUGUCAGCUCUCUGGAGCACAGCCACUUCAGCGACGGCAGCUCCCAGGCCACCAUGACAAUCACCCAGGCCCAGCAGGCCGUAGACCUGGGGCUGGAUUUGUGUGGCGAGCCCAGUCCGGACAGAGAGCUGGCCCUGAGCAGCCAGCCGGUCAUCCAGCCCCAGUCCAUCCAGGAGCUGCUGAGGGAGGGCAGGCGGGGGAAAGGCCUGGACCGUAGCCUGAUGACGGGGACCAGCGCGUCCAAAGCUGUCUGCACCCUAUCUACACAGGCAGACAGGUACCGCAUUAUAGGCUACAGGACUGUGUCUGAAUCACAUACUACAUUUCAUAUUAUCCUUUCUCUCUCUUUUUCAUUGACUUUCAUGCCAGAAUAGAAAUAUGAAACAAACAAUAUAGUUGUUUUUGACUGACUAGGCUGAAAUAUAAAAGUUGUAAUUUAAGUUAGUAAAAAAAAACAGCAUUUAAGUGGCCACCUGGUGGCAGUGUGGAUCAAGCACAGCUCAAGUACAUGAAAGUAUUUCACAGUGUAUUUUUAUUUAAUUUUUAGAGGGUAGAUCAGCUUUAAUAUUUCACUUCCAAUCGCCCAUAUGUUUUUUUUCUCGCAAAUAUAUACAGUUGAAGUCGGAUGUUUACAUACACUUACAGUGAGGGAAAAAAGUAUUUGAUCCCCUGCUGAUUUUGUACGUUUGCCCACUGACAAAGACAUGAUCAGUCUAUAAUUUUAAUGGUAGGUUUAUUUGAACAGUGAGAGACGGAAUAAAAACAAAAAAAUCCAGAAAAACGCAUGUCAAAAAUGUUAUAAAUUGAUUUGCAUUUUAAUGAGGGAAAUAAGUAUUUGACCCCCUCUCAAUCAGAAAGAUUUCUGGCUCCCAGGUGUAUUUUAUACAGGUAACGAGCUGAGAUUAGGAGCACACUCUUAAAGGGAGUGCUCCUAAUCUCAGCUUGUUACCUGUAUAAAAUACACCUGUCCACAGAAGCAAUUAAUCAAUCAGAUUCCAAACUCUCCACCAUGGCCAAGACCAAAGAGCUCUCCAAGGAUGUCAGGGACAAGAUUGUAGAACUACACAAGGCUGGAAUGGGCUACAAGACCAUCGCCAAGCAGCUUGGUGAGAAGGUGACAACAGUUGGUUCGAUUAUUCGCAAAUGGAAGAAACACAAAAUAACUGUCAAUCUCCCUCGGCCUGGGGCUCCAUGCAAGAUCUCACCUCGUGGAGUUGCAAUGAUCAUGAGAACGGUGAGGAAUCAGCCCAGAACUACACAGGAGGAUCUUGUCAAUGAUCUCAAGGCAGCUGGGACCAUAGUCACCAAGAAAACAAUUGGUAACACACUACGCCGUGAAGGACUGAAAUCCUGCAGCGCCCGCCAGGUCCCCCUGCUCAAGAAAGCACAUUAAGGUCCUGGAGUGGCCUAGCCAGUCUCCAGACCUUAAUCCCAUAGAAAAUCUGUGGAGGGAGCUGAAGGUUCGAGUUGCCAAACGUCAUACUCGAAACCUUAAUGACUUGGAGAAGAUCUGCAAAGAGGAGUGGGACGAAAUCCCUCCUGAGAUGUGUGUAAACCUGGUGGCCAACUACAAGAAACGUCUGACCUCUGUGAUUGCCAACAAGGGUUUUGCCACCAAGUACUAAGUCAUGUUUUGCAGAGGGGUCAAAUACUUAUUUCCCUCAUUAAAAUGCAAAUCAAUUUCUAACAUUUUUGACAUGCGUUUUUCUGGAUUUUUUGUUGUUAUUGUGUCUCUCACUGUUCAAAUAAAUCUACCAUUAAAAUUAUAGACUGAUCAUGUCUUUGUCAGUGGGAAAACGUACAAAAUCAGCAGGGGAUCAAAUACUUUUUUCCCUCACUGUACAUAUAUACAUACAUAUUCUCAUUGUUUCUACAGAUCGUAAAUUGAAAAUAAACAUUUUUGCUAAAAGUAUUAUUAUAUUAUUGAUCGAUUGACUAUGACUUUUCAGAUCACCCAGUGGUGCUAUCUGCAGGGUUAGCUCCAGGUAAAUAUUGCAAUCCUUUAGCCAUUCCUGGACCUGUGUCCAAAAACAAGCUACAAAUGGACAGUACCAAAACAAAUGAUCUAAUGAUUCUGUCUCUUCGCAGCAAAAUCUGCAGAGCUGGGAAGAUUGUAUCCCCCAUAUAAAUAACAUUAUAUUGGUAGCAAGAAUUUUAUAUAAUUAUUUAAAUUGAAAAACUCUUAAGUUUUGAAUCCGGCGUCGUUUUGUGUAUCAAUUCAUAAACACUAUGCCAUGGAAUCGAUACGUCACAAAUCUCUUCCCAACUAUUUUGCUAUCUAUAUGGGACGGCUGUCAAUCCUUUGGUCCUUAAAUGAAACUGGUAUACUUUUUUAUUUAUCACAAUUUUCUUUAACCAAUUAUAUUCUUUAAUGCAAGGCCGACAGACAAGUACCUUACUUUUUCCCCCUUCCACUUUCCUUUUCCAUUUUUGCGGUAAUGCUGCAAUUACACUGCUCAAAAAAAAUAAAGGGAACACUUAAACAACACAUCCUAGAUCUGAAUGAAUGAAAUAAUCUUAUUAAAUACUUUUUUCUUUACAUAGUUGAAUGUGCUGACAACAAAAUCACACAAAAAUUAUCAAUGGAAAUCAAAUUUAUCAACCCAUGGAGGUCUGGAUUUGGAGUCACCCUCAAAAUUAAAGUGGAAAACCACACUACAGGCUGAUCCAACUUUGAUGUAAUGUCCUUAAAACAAGUCAAAAUGAGGCUCAGUAGUGUGUGUGGCCUCCACGUGCCUGUAUGACCUCCCUACAAUGCCUGGGCAUGCUCCUGAUGAUGAGGUGGCGGAUGGUCUCCUGAGGGAUCUCCUCCCAGACCUGGACUAAAGCAUCCGCCAACUCCUGGACAGUCUGUGGUGCAACGUGGCGUUGGUGGAUGGAGCGAGACAUGUCCCAGAUGUGCUCAAUUGGAUUCAGGUCUGGGGAACGGGCGGGCCAGUCCAUAGCAUCAAUGCCUUCCUCUUGCAGGAACUGCUGACACACUCCAGCCACAUGAGGUCUAGCAUUGUCUUGCAUUAGGAGGAACCCAGGGCCAACCACACCAGCAUAUGGUCUCACAAGGGGUCUGAGGAUCUCAUCUCGGUACCUAAUGGCAGUCAGGCUACCUCUGGCGAGCACAUGGAGGGCUGUGCGGCCCCCCAAAGAAAUGCCACCCCACACCAUGACUGACCCACCGCCAAACCGGUCAUGCUGGAGGAUGUUGCAGGCAGCAGAACGUUCUCCACGGCGUCUCCAGACUCUGUCACAUCUGUCACAUGUGCUCAGUGUGAACCUGCUUUCAUCUGUGAAGAGCACAGGGCGCCAGUGGCGAAUUUGCCAAUCUUGGUGUUCUCUGGCAAAUGCCAAACGUCCUGCACGGUGUUGGGCUGUAAGCAUACCACCCUCAUGGAGUCUGUUUCUGACCGUUUGAGCAGGCACAUGCACAUUUGUGGCCUGCUGGAGGUCAUUUUGCAGGGCUCUGGCAGUGCUCCUCCUGCUCCUCCUUGCACAAAGGCGGAGGUAGCGGUCCUGCUGCUGGGUUGUUGCCCUCCUACGGCCUCCUCCACAUCUCCUGAUGUACUGGCCUGUCUCCUGGUAGCGCCUCCAUGCUGUGGACACUACGCUGACAGACACAGCAAACCUUCUUGCCACAGCUCGCAUUGAUGUGCCAUCCUGGAUGAGCUGCACUACCUGAGCCACUUGUGUGGGUUGUAGACUCCGUCUCAUGCUACCACUAGAGUGAAAGCACCGCCAGCAUUCAAAAGUGACCAAAACAUCAGCCAGGAAGCAUAGGAACUGAGAAGUGGUCUGUGGUCACCACCUGCAGAACCACUUCUUUAUUGGGGGUGUCUUGCUAAUUGCCUAUAAUUUCCACCUGUUGUCUAUUCCAUUUGCACAACAGCAUGUGAAAUUUAUUGUCAAUCAGUGUUGCUUCCUAAGUGGACAGUUUGAUUUCACAGAAGUGUGAUUGACUUGGAGUUACAUUGUGUUGUUUAAGUGUUCCCUUUAUUUUUUUGAGCAGUGUAUUUGGUUGUAAUUUUGGGUAGAGCAGACAUUUCCAUAUGUUUUUGUUAGCUGCAUAACUCCACCAGUCCUACCGAUAAUAUCAUUUACGAAGAUUAUACCUUUUUAAAACAUUUUCUCCAAAAAAAAGGUUUUUUAUUAAUUAGUAUAUUUGAGUUUAACCACAAUAUUUGUUGCAUUAUUUGUUCUGUCGUUUCUGCAGGAUUAAAUUGUUUUAGAAAUAGUGAUAUUUGGGAGAUUAUUUCCUUUUCAAAUAAUAAAGGGAAAAAGGCCAUUCUUGAACAUUGGGUGAGACAAUCUUACUAAUUUGCUAGAGAACCAGUUCGGAUUUAAGUUUAACUUUUGCAUGACUGAAGCUUUUAAUGAUAGGUCUAAUGCUUUAAUAUUUAAUAAUUUCUGUCCUCCGAAUUCAUAUUCAUUAUAUAAAUAGGCCCAUUUGAUUUUGUCUGGCUUGCCGUUUUUUAAUUAAAAAAAACUGUUCACUAGGCGUAGGCAAGACCAUAAGCAAAUAGGUCAACUGGGAUAAUGCUAAAGAGUUAAUCAGGGUGAUUUUUCCACAAAUUGACAGGUAUUUACCUUUCCAUGGUAGCAAGAUCUUAUCUAUUUUUGCUAACUUUCUAUUAAAAUGUAUUGGAGUGAGAUCAUUUAUUUCAUUUGAGAUAUGUAUUCCGAGUAUAUCCACAUCACCAUCAGACCAUUUUAUUGGUAAACUACAUGGUAAUGUAAAAUGUUUAUUGUUUAGUGAUCCAAUACGUAAUAUAGUACAUUUAUCAUAAUUUUGUUGUAAUCCAGAGAGGUUAGAAAAUGUAUCUAGAUCCUCUAUGAGGCUGUGGAGGGAUUCAAGUUGUGGAUUUAAAAGAACAUGAAUCAUCAGCGUACAAUGACACCUUUUGUUUUUAAGCCCUGGAUUUCUAAUCCCUUGAUAUUAUUGUUGGAUCUGAUUUUAAUAGCUAACAUCUCGAUGGCAAUAAUAAAUAGAUAUGCCGAUAGUGGACAACCUUGUUUCACUCCUCUUGACAGUUUAAAACUUUCUGAGAAAUGAUUUACUAUUUUACAUCUAGGGUUACUAUACAUGAUUUUAACCCAAUUUAUAAGAGAUUGUCCAAAAUUGAAAUGCUCCAGGCAUUUAUAUAUAAACCCCAGUCGUACUUUAUCAAAUGCCUUUUCAAAGUCUGCUAUGAAUAGUAGGCCUGGUUUCCCAGGUUUUUCAUAGUGUUCUAUUGUUUCCAGUACUUGCCUUAUAUUAUCUCCAAUAUAUUGGCCAUGUAAAAAACCUGUCUGAUUAGAAUGAAUAAUGUCCGACAAUACCUUUUUUAAUUCUUUGCGCUUGACAUUUUGCUAGAAUUUUUGCAUCACAACACUGAAGUGUAAGGGGCCUCCAAUUUUUUUAAUGGACUGGAUCUUUAUAUUUUCCACUUGUAUCCUGUUUCAGUAAUAAUGAAAUCAGACCUUCUUCUUGAGUGUCUGAUAAUCUAACAUUUACAUAGGAGUGGUUAAAACAUGCUAAUAACGGUCCUCUGAGUAUAUCAAAAAAGGUUUGGUAUACCUCGACUGGUAUGCCAUCCAACCCUGGAGUUUUCCCGGACUUAAAGUCUUUAAUUGCAUCCAGAAGUUCCUCCUCUGUAAUUUCACCUUCACAUGAGUCUUUCUGUAUGGCUGUUAAUUUUACAUUAUCAAUAGAAAAACAUCUCUACAAUUUGCUUCAGUUAGAGGAGAUGGAGGCGAUUGAAACGAAAACAUACGCUUAAAGUAUUUGUUUCCUCCUUCAAAAUAUCAUUUGGUGAAUCAUGGGUGACUCCGUCAUUUGUAACCAGUUUCAAUACAUUAUUUGUGGUAGCAUUCCUAUGUUGAAGAUUAAAAAAUAAUUUGGUGCAUUUUUCCCCAUAUUCCAUCCAGUUUGCUUUAUUUUUAAAAUAUAUUACACUUGAUCUUUCUUGAAUAAGUUUCUUCAUUUAUUUUUGUUUUUCCUCUAAUUUAUUCUGAGCCUCUAUGUUACAGUUUUUAUUGCUAUAUAUCUGUUCUGUUAGACCUUCUAUUUCCUUUGUUAGUGUGGACUCUUUUGACCUAAAUUGCUUUUGUUUUCGAGAUGAGUACUGAAUUGCAUGGCCUCUAUAGGCACAUUUUAAAGGUGUCCCAUACAAUAGGGGGAUUUGCUGUAUCUAUGUUAUGUCGGAAAAAAUCAGUUAUAAAUUCCUCUGUCCUAGUUAAAAACAAGUUAUCAUCCAAUAGGCUUUGAUUAAAUGUCCAAUAUCCUUGCCCACGUGGAAAUUCAGUAAGAGUAAUGUGUAUGCCAAUUAAAUGAUGGUCCGACCGCAUUCUUUCCCCUAUCAACACUUUUUAAACUUUUGGUGCCAACGAAAAUGACAUAAGAAAGAAGUCAAGACGACUAGCUUGAUUGAGUCUCCGCCAUGUAUAUCUCACUAGAUCAGGAUAUUUAAGCCUCCAUAUAUCUACUAGUUCUAAUGUAUCCAUGACAUUCACGAUUUCCUUAAGAGCAUGAGGGUGAUUGUUUGUAGUGUGAUUUCCUUUACGGUCCAUUGAGCUAUUUAAAACGGUAUUAUAAUCUCCCACCAUAAUAAUAGAGUCUUGAAUUGCUUGCAGAGUUGAUCAUUUAUUAUAUAAAUUGUCAAAUAAGUGUGGAUCAUCAUUAUUUGUUCUGUAAAGGUUAAUGAGCCAUAUCUGUUUAUGGUCCAAUAACAUAUUUAAAAUAAUCUGUCUACCUUGCGUAUCUGUUUGGACAAUUUGCACAUUCAGAUCGAAAUUACUGUUAAUUAAUAUCAUCACCCCUUUUGAGUUUCUUUGCCCAUGGGAGAAGUAUAUUUCGCCCCCCCAGUCCUUUUUCCACGCAACUUCAUCUAGAAUUGUUGAAUGAGUUUCCUGUAAACAAUAGAUAUUAUAUUCCUUCUCUUGGAGCCAUGUAAAUAUUGUUCUUCUUUUGUUAUUAUCUGCUAAGCCAUUACAAUUAUAACUGGCUAUACUUAUUUCACCACAUACCAUAAUGGGAUACAAGUUUCAAAUCUAUUUAUCAUCAUACACUGCUCAAAAAAAUAAAGGGAACACUUAAACAACACAAUGUAACUCCAAGUCAAUCACACUUCUGUGAAAUCAAACUGUCCACUUAGGAAGCAACACUGAUUGACAAUAAAUUUCACAUGCUGUUGUGCAAAUGGAAUAGACAACAGGUGGAAAUUAUAGGCAAUUAGCAAGACACCCCCAAUAAAGAAGUGGUUCUGCAGGUGGUGACCACAGACCACUUCUCAGUUCCUAUGCUUCCUGGCUGAUGUUUUGGUCACUUUUGAAUGCUGGCGGUGCUUUCACUCUAGUGGUAGCAUGAGACGGAGUCUACAACCCACACAAGUGGCUCAGGUAGUGCAGCUCAUCCAGGAUGGCACAUCAAUGCGAGCUGUGGCAAGAAGUUUUGCUGUGUCUGUCAGCAUAGUUCCAGAGCAUGGAGGCGCUACCAGGAGACAGGCCAGUACAUCAGGAGACGUGGAGGAGGCCGUAGGAGGGCAACAACCCAGCAGCAGGACCGCUACCUCCGCCUUUGUGCAAGGAGGAGCAGGAGGAGCACUGCCAGAGCCCUGCAAAAUGACCUCCAGCAGGCCACAAAUGUGCAUUACAGCCCAACACCGUGCAGGACGUUUGGCAUUUGCCAGAGAACACCAAGAUUGGCAAAUUCGCCACUGGCGCCCUGUGCUCUUCACAGAUGAAAGCAGGUUCACACUGAGCACAUGUGACAGACGUGACAGAGUCUGGAGACGCAGUGGAGAACGUUCUGCUGCCUGCAACAUCUUCCAGCAUGACCGGUUUGGCGGUGGGUCAGUCAUGGUGUGGGGUGGCAUUUCUUUGGGGGUCCGCACAGCCCUCCAUGUGCUUGCCAGAGGUAGCCUGACUGCCAUUAGGUACCGAGAUGAGAUCCUCAGACCCCUUGUGAGACCAUAUGCUGGUGCGGUUGGCCCUGGGUUCCUCCUAAUGCAAGACAAUGCUAGACCUCAUGUGGCUGGAGUGUGUCAGCAGUUCCUGCAAGAGGAAGGCAUUGAUGCUAUGGACUGGCCCGCCCGUUCCCCAGACCUGAAUCCAAUUGAGCACAUAUGGGACAUCAUGUCUUGCUCCAUCCACCAACGCCACGUUGCACCACAGACUGUCCAGGAGUUGGCGGAUGCUUUAGUCCAGGUCUGGGAGGAGAUCCCUCAGGAGACCAUCCGCCACCUCAUCAGGAGCAUGCCCAGGCGUUGUAGGGAGGUCUUACAGGCACGUGGAGGCCACACACACUACUGAGCCUCAUUUUGACUUGUUUUAAGAACAUUACAUCAAAGUUGGAUCAGCCUGUAGUGUGGUUUUCCACUUUAAUUUUGAGGUUGACUCCAAAUCCAGACCUCCAUGGGUUGAUAAAUUUGAUUUCCAUUGAUAAUUUUUGUGUGAUUUUGUUGUCAGCACAUUCAACUAUGUAAAGAAAAAAGUAUUUAAUAAGAUUAUUUCAUUCAUUCAGAUCUAGGAUGUGUUGUUUAAGUGUUCCCUUUAUUUUUUUGAGCAGUGUAUAUGUUUGUAAAUUUACCAAUAAAAAAUACCAUAGCGAUUGACUGUCCAUAUAGCUGUACCAUGAUAUUUACAUUGCUACUAAGUAACCCUCCAAUUGUUCUCCAUUAAUUCCCCCGCUAAAGCCCCUCCCCAUCCCAAGUUGAGCCGUCAUCCCAGUGUUCAGCAUUUCACUGUGUAUUUGAACCAGGCCAGUAUGUGAUUUGGUACUCUUGAUUGUACAAAUUAAGAGUCACAUGUUCAUGCAGCACUUUCUCUUCUGGACCUAGGCCUAUUCCACAUGGAUAAGCUAUAGCCAGAUUAAGAAAUCAUCAUGAAGCAACACACAGAUUGUACAAUAUUCUGAGGAAAUAUAUACUGUAUAUUAUAGGCUACAGUAGGCGACUAAAUAAACUUUCCAGUGGCACACUGACUCACCUAAUGAUGAAGAUGAAGCCGUAGGCUACUCACCGGUGAUGGCUGAUGCACUCGUCUGGGCAAUAGCCUAUCUCCCGACAACCUACUUUGAAAAACAGAGCUGCUGUUCAUGAAACAUUGGGAGUUGUUGAGAAACAUUUUUUUUCUAUUGGUUCUACAGACAGAUUAGUCUUCUCUUUUCUGCAGUAGGCAUUUGCUUUCCAAACUAUAUGUUUUUCCCGCUAUUGUAUUUUGAAAUUUGCAAAAGGCAAACUGACAGCCGCAACCAACCAUAUAAAUAUAAUCCAUAGAUGGCAGUUCCCAUUCAAGUCAGGACUGGCAGCCAUUGCUAGUGUACCCAUGAGUUGAACAGUGAAAUUGCCAAGGUAAGAGGUUCCAAAACCCUUUUAUGGAUUAUGUCUAUGGCCACAACGCAACAAGCUGUUCUAUAUUUGGCACCGCAUGCAGCACAAAUUGCGACCUUCCCAACUUUAGGCAUACCGGUAACUUCUAAAGUAAAGGAAACACAAGUAAAUGAGGGAUACAAAGUAUAAAGUAUGUUAUGUGUUGGGUGCAUUUUCCUGCCAUGGUUUAGGUCCUCUUGAAGAGUCUAUGCUAAGGCGCAUUGAAGCUGUUCUGGACAGGUCGUGGUGGCCCAACACCCUUUUAAGACAUUUUAUGUGUUUCCUUUAUUUUGGAAGUUACCUGUAUGUGCCUGUGAUAAACUUAAUCCCCAGUAAUUUUUUUAGAAACGAUUGGUCCUCUGUGGCUAAAUUAUGGUCUCUGGUGUAUUUUGAACAAUCAGAGUGGGCUUCUGUGGUUGGAUAAAAAAAAUAGAAACUAAAUUGUUUCUCUCUUUUUUGGCCUCUUGGGCCCCCUGCAUUUUGGCCUCUUGGGCUUGAGCCCCUGCAUUAAUCCGGCCCUGCCUGCAGUGUUUACAUAACUAUAUAAGCCCUGGGCCGCUUUUAGAGAAAAUAAUAAAAACACUUAUCUGGCAGAUGUUUCCCUGUCCUACUAGUCUCACAGCUUUCUAAUUGGCUUGUGUUGAUCCCUUUCUGCUGUUUGAAGAAUAUAUUGACAAUAAUUUGGAUUCCUCUGUAUGUCCUUUUUUGCAGAUUGUUUGAGGAUUCCGUCAGUAAACUGAACCUGGUUAGCCUGGUGGGUUUCCUGCACCAGCUGAGGAAAGCAUCUCAGUCCCAGCUUUUUGACUCAGUCACUGAGACAGGAGACUACUCCUUAGCCAUGCCAGGUACCAAACACAGCACAUGGUUAUCCCCAACAGACCUGGGUCAAAACCCUGGGUAAAAUUUGCCCAGCACAAUGGAACCAACGGAACAGUCCCAAAAGUCAUCAAUGUUGCCUGUGUGUUCUUAGGAGAGGCCAAGUCCACCAUGGACAGGCGUAGCGCCCUGCACCUGUUCCGCCUGGGGGAGGCCAUGCUGCGCAUCGUGAGGAAUAAGACCAGACCCCUGCUGCACAUGAUGAGGGCCUGGAGCAUAGUGGCACCACACCUGGUGGAGGUAGGAGCUCAGGGAAUGCAUCUCAACUGUGUGGCCUCCUUUGCUGAUGUCCUCUCCUCCACGAUCACUAUUAUGGUAUAGCCUAACAGGUUCACCCUUUCUGCAGGUUAUAUUAGGCCUAUACCCACUGGGCACAAAUGUCAGUUCAACGUCUAGUUUUGAUUUACAUUUGGUUGAGUUGUCAACUAACGUGAAAUCAACAAACAUUUCAUGCGGUCAUUGGAUUUAGGUUAAAAGUUGAGUGAAAAAAAUACACAAUUCCCUUAGGUUGAUGACUUUUUACAAAUCCAGUCAGUUUUCCAAGUUGAUUCAAUGUCAUUACAUAUCAAUUUUUUGUUGAAAUUACGUGGGAACAACAUUGAUUCGACCAGUUUUUGCCCAUUGGGCAUUGUUCUCAUUUCUGUUUCUCUCUGGCUCCUCCUAGGCUGCCUGUCACAAAGAGCGCCAUGUAUCCCAAAAGGCUGUGUCCUUCAUCCAUGAUGUUCUGAUGGAGGUGCUGACCAGCUGGGCAGAGCUUCCCCACUUCCACUUUAAUGAGGCGCUCUUCAGACCCUUCGAGCACAUCAUGCAGCUGGAGCUGUGUGACGAGGACGUGCAGGACCAGGUGAGUUGUCCCUCACACAUACACACACACACACACCUCUUAUAAUUAGUUGCCCCGGUAGUUAAAACGUCCUAUUGUUUGUCCCUCAGGUGGUCACGUCCAUAGGGGAGCUGGUAGAGAUGUGUUCCCCUCAGAUCCAGUCUGGCUGGAGACCUCUAUUCAGUGCCCUGAGGACUGUGCAUGGGGACAAGCCAGACAUGAAAGACUACCUGAUAGGAGAAUAUUCCAUGGGUAUGUAUGACAGGCAGCCUUUGAAUUUAUAACAUCUCAAUGUUUCUAUGUGUUAUUUUAUUCCCUAAGGUACUGUACAGCUACAAUAUUUCUAUUGUAUUCACAUACUUUCUGUUUCUUUGGGAUGUCUGUGAUGAUGGCUUAUGAGAGACAGUCUCAGCAGGAGAUACUGUAUGUUGGCACAGAGCCUCAUCUCCUCUCUCUUACGAGAUUCCUGUAUGUCACUCUUUUUUAUUGAGGUUGUUUUCUGCUCCGUCUGUAAUGCAGGGAAGUCUCAGGCGCCUGUGUUUGAUGUCUUUGAAGCGUUUAUCAACACAGACAACAUUCAGGUUUUCGCCAACGCAGCAACUGACUACAUCAUGUGCCUUAUGAAGUUUGUCAAAGGUUUAGGUAAGUCAGGUAAAUGAGAUGAUUAACCCAUUUUUUUCUGUGGAUGUGUAAUACUAUUGACAUGAUCAUCACAUUUUUAGAUAGAGACAUUGAAUGUUCAUUUUAUUUGGUAAGAGAUAAUGGAAGUGAUUACUCUGAUUGCCGUCAGUGAAUGUGUUGGCCUUGUUCCCAGGAGAAGUGGACUAUAAGGAGAUUGGGGACUGUGUCAAUGCCACUGGCUACAGUUCUACAGACCUGUGCCUCCCUGCUCUGGACUACCUGAGGAAGUGCUCCCAGGUAGGAAAACACUGGCCAAUGGGCCACCUUAGCUAUUUUCAAUGGGUGUCACACGAAAAUGAGUCCUCUUAUCAGACAGGCUUCCAGAAAGUCUAUUAAAAUAGAUAAAUAAAGGGUCACACAACCACGCUACAGGAAGACCUUUCCCAUCUAUGUGUAGUGUAUCAACACUGUAUGAUGAGGUUUUCUUCUGCAGCUGCUUGCCAAAAUCUACAAGAUGCCUUCCAAGCCAGUGUUCCUGGGAGCCCGGCUAGCCAGCCUGCCCAUGAGGGCCCAGGAGAAGUCUGUCAGCAGUGAGGAUGGCAUGGACUGUGUCCUGGCAGAGUUCGACGAUGACACAGGCCUGAUCCAGGUGUGGAUCCUGCUGCUGGAGCAGCUGACUGCAGCGGUAUCUAACUGCCCCCGGCAGCACCAGCCCCCCACCCUGGAACUGCUGUUUGAACUUCUCAGAGAGCUCACCAACUUACCAGGUUAGAAGAGAUGCCAUAACACCACAGGACAGAUCAGAUUCAACACUCUCCACUGGAGUUUGGUUUUACAUUGUCUGGGUGAUUAUCUUAUAUAAGUAACAUAGUCAUUAUGAAUGUAGCCUACCUGAAAACCAAUCGUCAGUUCUUUUUUUCUACCUCCAUAGGACCGGGCUUUGCCAUAUUCUCAGUGAUCCAGCUUCUUCUUCCUGUGAUGUCACUCUGGCUCCAGCGUAGCCAUGGCGACCAUGCGUACUGGGAUAUAGCUGCGGCCAACUUCAAGCACGCCAUUGGGCUGUGCUGUGAGCUGGUGGUGGAGCACAUUCAAAGCUUCAUCCACUCAGGUACAGUGGCCAUGGAAUGACAAUGGAAAUUAUCCCUAAGUGGCGGUCAAACAUAGUGUACACAAAGCAGAGAUGGAAGUGCACUUAGGCAGUUAAACGGUCAAAAUAGGUAUUUGUGAAACAGAUGUAGCCCAGGGGCUGUAUGUAUCCAGGGUCUCAGAGUAGGAGUGCUGAUUUAGGAUCAGUUUUGCUUUUUAGAUCACAUUGAACAUUUUUACAUGGGCAAGGAAAACCUAAUCCUGACUCCUAUUCUGAGAUGCCUGGUACACACGUCCCCAGAUGGUGGUUGUGCCUCUGUCCAGAUCCUUCAUAUCUCUGUGCUCCUGUAGAUAUUGGCUAUGAGAAUCUGAUCAACCUGAUGCUGAAGGACCUCUUCAAGCUGCUGGUGGCCUGUGUGGCUGAACCUGCUGAGACUAUCUCUAGAGUGGGCUGCUCUUGCAUCAGGUGACCACGCGCUGCGCGCGCGCACACACACACACACACACACACUGUGUAUGACUGAGCUGUAGGUGACAGGUGUUUGUCUCUUCCUGUGGCAGGUACGUGUUGGUGACAGUAGGUCCUGUCUUCACUGAGGAGAUGUGGCGUCUGGCAUGCUGUGCCCUGCAGGAUGCCUUCUCUGCCACCCUGGAGCCUGUCAAGGUAAAGACCUGUGCUCCACCAUGGUUCUGACUAGCGGGAGUGCAGCUACGACCGGAAGUGACUUAUAAAUGCAGGUUAGGAUCAUUCACGUGGCAGGUUAGGAGAUUUAAGGUUAGGAAAAGGGUUAUGGUUAGCGAAAAUGCUCUACUAACCUGCUACGAAAAGUCACUUCCUGUGUCAAUGGUGUUUUAUCUAAAAAAUAUAUAUAAUAAAAGGUGCAAACUUCCUCUCAAUUUUUUCCAUUGUUGUUAUUUUAGGCCAGUGGAAUAAACUGUAUAAAAAUAUAGCCACACACUCUAUAUAUGCUCCCAACAAUUUAAUGGGUAAACCGAACCAACGUUUCGGCAACGCAGUGCCUUUCUUCAGGGUUGAGGCCAGUGGAAUAAUCCACACCCGUUUAGAAAAGGAUGUAAAAAAGCUUUCCCUGGUAAUGAUCUGAUGAGGUGAUAUUAAUACCAUGAACAAAUUACAAUAAUGGGACACAAAAUCACCUUGUUUAAAGGCCCAGUGCAGUCAAAAUUCCAACACCAGAUGGUACAUUAUUUAAUAGAACAAUAAGAAAGAGAGUUCCAAACCUCUGCCAAUCACAGCUAGUUUCCCAUUUUCCCCUCCCUACUCAGACCACUCCGAGACAGUCCUAGCAAAAUUCUUGCUUGAGAAAUAGUUUUUUGCUAGAAUGCUAUUUUUGAUUCUUUUUUACCAUUUUAAUUGAAAGCUAUUACAGUAAGGUACUUACUUGUUACCCAGAAAUUAUUUGAUAUUGAGAUAAAAAUGGCUGCAUUGGGCCUUUAACCCAUUCUGAUUAUGGCUGUUAACAUAUGGCGUGUGGCAGCAGGUGAAUGCAUGUUUACAUCUAGCUCCACUACAUUCCUACAGUAGGUAGGCUACAUUUAGAAGGAGUACUUCUCACCACAAGUGUUUUUCUCAUUCACAGCCCUGCAAAAUCUGAGAGGACCAAAUAUAAUCUUCUUUAAAGCUUAAAGCUGCAGCCUUUUAGAGAUAAAAUAAAAAGCUUGUCAGGACUUAAAUGCAUGAUGCAUUACUACCAAUAACAGACCUUAAAUAUAGUGACCUUGCAAGAGAUUACUCUACCUAAGAAUGCAUUGUGUAUAGUGGUAGACCCUAUAUGCACUCAGGCAUACUGUAUGGACAAGACAAACCUUCUCAGGCUUGUUUUUGUGCUUCCUCCUCUGCAUUGCUUGCUCUUUGGGGGUUUAGGCUGGGUAUCUGUAAAGCACUUUGUGACAACUGUAAAAAGGGCUUUAUAAAAUAGUAAUAGUUGUUGUGAAAGGGUCGUCUACAUUCAGGACAGGUCAUUCAUUCCCUAGUAAAAGUAAAUGUCCACUAUAAUUUUAGAUGUUUAGUUACAGUAAUGUAUGUUGGGAUUACUGUCAUUCAUUAAUUUCUUUAGAGAUAAAAAAUCAUCCUAGGUGUAUGUGUACUUCCACUGUCUCAGCUGUUUGAAUGACGUUCCAUGUGUGUCUGAUGGGGAGAGUUCCAGUUGAUCAGUGUGCUGUGGGUUCUAGAUCCUGUUGAUUGGAUCACAUUGUAUGGAACCUCCAGACUGUACAGCUUCAGCAUACAUGCCAGAGUGCCACACAGACCUGUGUGUGUUUCUGCAUCUCUGUCUUGUGUAGAACCUGCUGGCGUGUUUCCGUAGUGGUUCAGACAGCUUCUCUGGGGACGCCUGUGAGGUUAAGGUGGCCGCCCCGUCCCACUCCCCCUCUGCUGAGGCAGAGUACUGGAGAAUCAGAGCCAUGGCCCAGCAGGUGACCCUCCGCCACCACAGACUACUGUACAUACAUGUUGAUGUGAUGUUACACACAAGGGGCUAGAUUCAAUCCCAUCGCCCGUUUUCAGCUAUGCACUAUUUAAAGGCAAUGUUUCCUCGUUUGCUUAGACUGCAUUCACAGUAAACGCUGCAUUUGACGGCUCAAUCAGAAAUCACCUUUAAAUUUCAAUCGCCCUAUUACACGGAUCUUCCGCGGUCCGAAUUGAAUCUAGGCCUAGGCUACAUGCAUGUUGAUUUGAAAUUACAUAUACAUGUGUGGCUGUCCACAGUCAGACCUGGGUCAAAUACUUACUAUUCAUCAGUGUAGCUGUUAUUAGACAACAUUUCGAACCUCUUGUAUUAAGUCUCAAAUCUUCUAUGUAGACAGUACAUUUCAUGAUUCAUGUACGUUGUUCAGUAUGACUAUAUAGUUGUUCAACAUGUCUCCUAUCUUCCUUCUGUCUUUAGGUGUUUAUGCUGGACACCCAGUGCUCCCCUAAAACCCCCAAUAACAAAGAAGGCUUUGAGCAUGCCCAGUCCUGUGUGCUCAUCAUCGAGCUCCCCUCAGACCAGCAAUCCAAUGGUCACACUCAGAAAAGGUUGGCAACAUUCAAUCACAUAGCUGGUGUGGUGGCUUUAGUCAGUGGGCCAGAUUUACAACGGUACGAGCAGUGCAAACACUUUGUGAAUCUGGCCCAGUGUGUGACGUUUGUAUACUGUGUGUUCAACCUGUCAUGUACAGUACAUCGUCAACUUUGAAUCGUUGCUCUAUUCUAAUCUAUUCGCACGUAUCUAUAUAUAGUGUGUUACAGUUUAUGUCUUGGUUCACAGCCCGUUCUCAGAAUGUAGUUUUCGAUGUGCAUUAUAUUCUGAGACUCAUUCCUUCUCCUUAUGUGAUGAUUUCUCUCUCUUGUGCUGGACUUACAACAGAAAAAUUGGGUAAGAGCACUUCGAUGACAUCCAUACCAUGAUUCUGGUUUACUGUGAGCAGCAUUUACGCCCACCUGUCUGUGUUCAUUAUCUUAUUAUAUUUUUAAAGCAUCCAUUCAAUGUCAUGGACCGUAAACAUCAUCAUAUUAUGUCAACAUCUGUUAUCAGGUGACAUAAGCUACUGUGCAGAUGAUGAAGACUUCUGCUUACUUUGUCUUAUCCAACAUGCGUAUAUAUGAAAUUCUUUCCCUUUUAUAAAAUAAAAACAUUCCCAGAGUCCUCUGACCUCUGAUGCAGUAUUAUUAUUUUGAUCAAGCUCUUUGGGAUUACAAUGUGGUUUUAUUAAAUCUGCAUUCGACUUUGAGUUAAGGACCUUUUCUUUAAUACUGUUUUUCAGAAACCUCAUAUGAUGCCCAGAAAGAUGGAGAAAUUGAUGUCUGAGAUUAAAGCUAGAGUCCUUAAAUGAAACAAUGGCAAAGUGUGUCAUAAAACUUUAGUUAAACGUUAUGAAAGUUGUGUGUACUUGCAUGUGUAAAAUCAAGAAGUACAGCAAUCUGUACAACCAUUUCUCAUAUUCUCCCAAUAAAGAAAAUGUACUGUUGAAGCUUAAAUCCCAUUACGUUGUUGCAUGUUUCUGACAAUUGGACAAACAGAAAUAUCAGUAAAAUAGGAAUCUAUUUACAUAACUGGCUUCAAUAACCUUUUUCUCCAUCUGACCUAUAGGAUUCCUUUCAGAACUAUAGUGGUUAGCUUACUCUCCCACCAAGUGCUGCUCCAGAACCUGUAUGACAUUCUGCUGGAGGAGUUUGUGAAGCAUCCUGGUGAUGCUGAGACCCAGGAGAAGACCACCCCAGUAUCUGAUCCUAGACCAGCUGGUUUCCUGCGCUACAUCUCCAUGCAGAACCUGGCCAUCAUCUUCGACCUGCUGCUGGACUCCUACCGCACAGCCCGAGACUUCGACACGCGCCCAGGCCUCAAGUACCUGUUGAUGAAGGUGUCUGGGGUGUGUGGCGCUGCCAACCUGUUCCGCCAGUCUGCCAUGAGCUUCAACAUCUACUUCCAGGCCCUGCUGUGUGCCACGCUCACCAACCAGGAGAGCAUCACUGCUGAGCUGGUGAAGAAGAUCCUUUACGAGGAGGACGAGGGCAGCUCUGACUCCUCCCAGCAGUGCUCCUCCGAGGACGAGGACAUCUUCGAGGAGACUGCCCAGGUGAGUCCCCCGCGGGGGAAGGAGAAGCGCCAGUGGAGGGCCACCAUCCCCUCGCUCAGCAUCCAGCCGGUCAGCAGCGCAGACUGGGCCUGGCUGGUCAAGCGGCUGCAUAAGCUCUGCAUGGACCUCUGCAACAGCUACAUCCAGAUGCACCUGGACCAGGAGAACCUGGUGGACGAGGCAGUGCCCGUCUUCCGGGGGGACCCCCUCUUCUUCCUGCCCCUCUUCCCCUCCACCCCCGAGACUCCCACUCCCUCCACGGGAGGCCUGUCCAGCCGGGGAACACCCUCAGACGAUGGCGUGCGCUCCCACCUGGCAGAGACUCCAUCGGAGGACACCCACAGCCCUACUGCUGGCUACUGCAUGGACAGCCUGCCACACCUGAGAGGGGAGAGGAGAGACCCAGCGGGCCGCAAGAAGGAGUGGUGGGAGAGUGCUGGGAACAAGCUAUACACCAUCGCCACCGACAAGACCAUCACCAAGCUGAUGAUCGAGUACAAGAAGAGAAAGCAGCAGCACAACCAUACCACCUUCGUGAAGGAGACCAAGGGGGGAGAGAACAGGGGCGAGGCAGGGACGAUGAGGGGCCCAGAGUCCUCCAUCCCACAGAGGCCCCAGCAGCUGGUGGACCCGGGGCCCAUGAGACACUCGUUCAGUGCGGGGCCAGAGGUGCUGAGGCAGGAAAAGAUCAGACCCCGCUCCGGUUCUACAGCAAGCUCCCAUAGCGUCUCCCUCAGAGACUCAGAGGCUCAGAUACAGGUAGGUAUGCAUGCAGGGGAAACAUCAGAUACAGAUAGGACCGCAUGCAGGGGAAACAUGAUCAGAAACGGAUAG